AUUUAAGCUUUCCCUUUUUAGAAGUAUCGAACAUUCUCAACAGAAGGCCAACAGUAAGCUUCGCCCAUUUUUAUUGAUAGAUUAAAAAAAUCACAGAGUGCAAUUUAGAGAUUAAAACAAAAAGUUAAACAACAUAUCUAUACGUUCAAAAAACGAAAUAAAUCGUAUUUAAAAGGAGUUAUUGUAACACAAAAAUGAGUAAGCAUCUGCAAACUGUUGCUGCAAUGACAUGCAUGAAAACGCUGUUGAUGAUCUUCAAUUUAAUAUUUUGGGCAUCAGGAUGGGCAAUUUUAGGAAUAGGAAUUUACAUGCGAGAACGUCUUCAUCUUUACAUGGAAUUAACGGCCGAUUUUUCCGAUAUGACCCAAUACGUUUUGAUAUCAACCGGCGCUUUAAUUAUUGCCAUCAGCACAUUAGCUUGUUGCUGCACAGUUAAAGGACAACACGUUCUUCUUUAUGUGUAUGGGGCAUUUUUAGCUGUUGCUUUUGUUUUGGAAUUGGGCACGGGGCUUUCCAUUUAUGCAUACAGAGAACGAUUUCCGGCUGCUUUCGAUCAAGGAUUGAACAUAAGCAUGAGUCAAUAUUACAACAGUUCAGAGAAUAAUAAAAAUUCUGUCGCAACAGCAAUCGAUACUCUACAAGAACAGUUACAUUGCUGUGGAAAUCAUGGUCCCAAUGAUUGGAUAGAAAUGUCGAAACCAGCUCCUUUUUCAUGUUGUAUCGAGAAAGGUUGUGAUGUUGGAAAUUCAGAAGAAAUUUAUAAAACUGGUUGCUAUGACAGAGUUGUUAAAUUUAUUAAUGAAAAUAUUGGGACGUUGGCUGGAGUAGCAAUUGGAAUAACAUUUUUCCCUCUAUUCGGUGUAAUUCUAUCCUGUUGUUUAGCAAGCGUUAUCAACAAAGCAAAAUAUGAGCAGAUGGAUUAAGAAAUAAUGAGAAUUUAUCCGAAUCAGCGCGAUAAUUAAAUUGCAAUGUAAAGCAAGCAGAAUCUUAACUAAGAAAUGUCACAGCACUUACAUACUACAUUAUUUAAAAACUAGGAAGAUAAUAUUUACAAAAGUAUUAAAUGGUUAAAUGUUAAUAGAUAAUUUAAGUUGGUAACAAAGUAAAUUAUUUUUUGACAAUUCUAAACGUCAAAUUUGAUGAAUACAUUAAUCUUGUUAGUUUUUAAAUAUAAAUCACUUACAUACUACAUUA